ACAGCCGAAACCAGCGCCAGUGCUGCUGGCAUUAACGCGCGCCCGCGCUCGUACGCGCGUACCGCGGCAGUGGUCGUGGUCGUGGAGUCGCGCCCGCGAGGAUAAUAAGAAGAAGCGGCCCGCCGCCGCCGGCAUCGCUCGCAUCGCUCGCCCCCCGCCCUCCUCCGCUGACGUCUUGCUGCUGCGCCUGCGCCAGUGCGAUCCAGGAAAUCCUCCAACAAGAACAAGUCUCUGCCCGCCUGUGCCGCCAUUUCUCCUCCACCAACACCGCCAACACUUUUGCCUCAACAACAACAACGACAACAACACCGCCACCAUCACCUCCACGUCGAGGUCUUGUUGCUGGGUUUCUGGAAGCCAGAUACGCCGGUUGAGCUUUCUUAAUAAGGAAAAGACGAGCGAGACGAGCGCCGCGAACACCGAUACCGCCGCCAUGGCUUCUGCGACGAGCUUUUACGACUUUAAGCCGCUGGAUAAGCGCGGCCAGCCCUUCCCGCUCGACUCGCUCAAAGGCAAAGUCGUGCUCGUCGUCAACACCGCCUCCAAAUGCGGCUUCACGCCGCAAUUCGCCGGACUCGAGUCCCUAUACAAAGACACGCGCGCGGCGUACGGCGACGACUUCGUCAUCCUCGGCUUCCCCUGCAACCAGUUCGGCAACCAGGACCCCGGCUCCAACGACACGAUCCAGGAGUUCUGCCAGCUGAACUACGGCGUCAGCUUCCCCGUGCUCGGGAAAAUCGAUGUCAAUGGCGAGGAGGCGGCGCCCGUGUUUGAGUGGCUCAAGAAGGAGAUGCCUGGCUUGAUGGGCCUGAAGCGCGUUAAGUGGAAUUUUGAGAAGUUCCUUGUCGGCAGGGAUGGCACUGUUAAGGGCCGUUGGGCGAGUACCACGAAGCCGGAGAGCCUGAAGGAGGUUGUCGAGAAGGAGCUGACGGGCGGGAAGGCGUAGAGGGAGAGUUGAGCGUGUGUGGUUAUGGGUGGGGGCGAUGGAAUACCCUUUGCUGGUGGGGGACAGAAUGCAUAUUACGUCGGUUUUCUUCCUUCUCCCUUCUUCCUUUCUUUGCUUUGUUGUUGAUGGUGGAUGGAUUGGGUUUCACGCUCGGGAUACUACCUUGCCUUCCUG